CCAAUUGUGUGGGGUUCGAUAGUAUAAAAACGGAGCUUUGGUAUCCAUAACUUCCCCAAUCUCUCACGCGCACCGUACGCUGAAUUCUCUCCUCCUACCACCUCCCUUGUUUCUCAUCCUCUCCAUUCUUAGGGUAUUUGGAAGUUCUUUCUGCGUUGUCAGCAGUUCAUCAAAGUGGAGCUUGUCAAGUUUGAGCCUUUUUUUAUGUCUGAACGGGCCUCUCUAUUUUUGUCAUCAAUUGGAUUACUUGGAGAGUACUGUCCUACGUCUAAAAAAAAGAACAGAGAUUCCUCAUUUAAGGUUGCCUGUAUGCAUAUUGGACUAUUUGACUGUCAUACUGAAGAUUAUAUAGGUUGCCAGUUUAUGCGGCCUAUUUCAUCCGCAAGGAAUUUAUCUUCUGAAGGAGAACUUCAUAAUACUAGAAAGAAUACUGCUGCUGAUAUUCGUGCCUUUUGAUUAACUUUAUACAGCUUUUCUCACUGGUAACAUCAAAAUGGCGUUGCAAAAUAUUGGUGCUUCAAACAGCGAUGAUGCUUUCUAUAGGUAUAAGAUGCCGAAAAUGAUAACCAAGAUUGAAGGUAGGGGAAAUGGCAUCAAAACUAACGUUGUUAAUAUGGUUGACAUUGCAAAGGCCUUGGCUAGGCCUGCUUCGUACACCACAAAGUACUUUGGCAAUGAGCUUGGAGCGCAAUCCAAAUUUGAUGAGAAGACAGGAAUAUCACUUGUGAAUGGAGCUCAUGACACUGUAAAACUUGCUGGGCUACUUGAGAACUUCAUCAAGAAAUAUGUUCAGUGCUACAGUUGUGGGAACCCUGAAACUGAGAUAAUUAUUACAAAGACACAGAUGAUCAUCCUGAAGUGUGCUGCUUGCGGUUAUCUGUCUGAUGUGGAUAUGAGGGACAAGCUUACAACAUUUAUUCUCAAGUGCCCACCUGAACCGAAAAAGGGUUCCAAAGACAAGAAGGCUAUGAGGAGGGCUGAGAAGGAGCGGCUCAAAGAGGGUGAAGCUGCUGAUGAAGAGCAGAAGAAGCAUAUUAAGAAGGAAACAACAAAGAAGAAAGCCCCCUCUAGCUCCAAGGAUAAUGCAAAAAGUACUUCAUCUAAGAAGAAAGGCAAUGGUUCAGAUGAGGAUCACUCCCCGACUCGCAGCGUGCCUGAUGAUAUUGAACAUGCAAUUGCUGAAGAUGAAGACGACGAUGAUGAUGAUGUCCAGUGGCAAACAGAUACUUCACUGGAGGCAGCUAAACUACGUAUCCAGGAGCAGCUGAGUAACGUUACUGCAGAUAUGGUAAUGUUGUCUACCGAUGAAGAAAAGGCAAAGUCGGCAAAGAAGUCUCCAGAACGCGAAGUUAAGGUUCAUGAGAAUGGCGGCUCUAAGGGUAAUGGAGUUGAAGAAAGGCUUAUUCAUGAAAUAAAGGCGUAUCUGAAAAAGGGUUCUGCACCAAGCCAGCUGAAAUCAUUCUUGAGUUCGUUAUCUGGGACAUCUCAGGAGGUGACAGAUGCUUUAUUUGCUGCCCUGUUCGAGGGUGUUGAGAAAGGGUUUCUGAAAGAGGCUACCAAGAAGAAGAACUACCUUGCAGCAGCCACCACUGAAGAGGAAGGUUCGCAGAUCAAUAUGCUUCAUGCCAUUGAGUCUUUCUUUGGUAAGCUUGGCCCUGAGGGAACUAAAGAAGUAGCAUUGGUCCUGAAGGUGUUGUAUGACAAUGAUGUUCUGGAAGAGGAACGGAUCCUGGGGUGGUACCAGAAAGGUGCUAAUGGCAGUAAUAAAAACUGCGGGGUUUGGAAGCAUGUUAAGCCUUUUGUUGAGUGGUUGGAGAAUGCAGAGUCUGAAUCUGAAGAAGAGUGAACGUUGCUUUGAGAGCCUUCACAGUAUAACUAGUAUUUCCUUUGCUUGAAUAAAGUUUCUUAUCAUUAUUAUGUUUUGUUUGUGUUGGUGCAACUUUAUGCACUCACUGUGUUGCUUGAUGGAUUAUUUUGUUUUGGUGUGUGUUUUUAAA